UUGUUAUUAAUAGGCUUGACUUUCAGUGAGGGUUUGUUCACCUCCAGACUUCGAACUGACCUUUACCAACUGUGUGGGUGGAGGAGCCGAGAGGACAACAUGAGGAAAUUAAGCAGCCCUUUGUCAUGGUUCUGCUUCUUGAAAUAUUUUUCGGUCACUUCUUCAUCGUCGUCGACACCAGUGUCAUCACCGGCGGACAAACAGGACGAGAAACCCGGAGCAGUCGAAGAAUCCAGGAAAACCCAAAGAAAGCCUGGUGGAUGGAAGACCAUGCCUUACAUCUUAGGGAACGAAACGUUUGAAAGGUUAGCGACAUUUGGGUUGCUGGCAAACUUCACGGUCUACCUGCUGAAACAGUAUCACAUGGAUGAGGUGUUUGCUGCAAAUGUGAUGAACAUAUGGUCCGGUACAGUGAACUUUGCACCCCUGAUUGGAGCCUUCCUCUCUGACGCCUACCUCGGCAAGUUUCGGACCUUGGCCUACGCAUCCUUGUUCUCUUUGCUGGGAAUGGUGGCCAUAACUUCAACGGCGAUGGUGCCGGCGUUGCGUCCGGCCCCCUGCUCCACCGAGCUGCAACAACAGAAUCAAUGCUCCGGUCCCACGGCUGCCCAGUUAGGUUUCCUGUACUUGGCUUUGGGUUUUUUAACUGUAGGCGGGGGUGGGAUCAGGCCAUGCAGCAUGCCAUUUGGCACCGACCAGUUUGACUCCACCACUGAAGAAGGAAGAAAAGGAAUCAACAGCUUCUUCAAUUGGUACUACUUCACCUUCACUAUUGUUAUUAUGAUCUCUUUAACUCUCGUUGUUUACAUCCAAGACAGCAUCAGUUGGGCCUGGGGUUUCGGCAUCCCCACCAUUCUCAUGUUCUGUUCGAUCAUUCUGUUCUUCCUUGGCAUGCGGGUUUACGUCUACAUCCCACCGGAGGGGAGCGUCUUCUCCGGCGUCGUCCAGGUGUUUGUCGCAGCUUACAAGAAGCGUAAGCUAAGGCUUCCCAGUAGCCAAGAGCAGCCGGGAGCCCUUUAUGACCCACCCAUGAAGGGGACUCUCAUCUCAAAGCUUCCUCUCACACAACAAUUCAGAGUGCUGAACAAAGCUGCUAUAAUAGCUCAUGGCGAAGUGCAGCCCGAUGGGUCGCGUUCAAAUCAGUGGAGCCUCUGCAGCAUCCAACAAGUCGAAGAGGUUAAGUGCCUGAUUCGGGUAGUCCCGAUAUGGGCUUCUUGCAUCAUCUGCUUCACUGCAAUGGCUCAGCAAUGGACGUUCACCACGGUGCAAGCCUUGAAAAUGGACCGGCACCUUGGACCCAAGUUUCAGAUUCCAGCUGGAUCGUUGAUGAUCAUAUCGAUGAUCACGAUUGGGUUAUGGCUUCCCUUCUAUGAUCGGGUCCUCGUCCCUGCACUCAGAAGAGUAACCAAACAAGAAGGCGGAAUAACACUUCUGCAGAGAAUUGGAAUUGGGAUGGUGUUCGCACCCGUAUCCAUGGUAGUUGCAGGGUUGGUGGAGAAGAAGAGGAGGUCUUCGGCCAUUUCUCAUGCCCGUCCAGAUGGAAUGGCACCCAUUUCGGUCCUGUGGUUGGCACCACAGCUUGUUCUCAUGGGAUUUGCAGAAGCCUUCAGUAACAUCGGCCAGAUAGAAUUCUAUUACAAACAAUUCCCCGAACAGAUGCGAAGCAUGGCUAACGCCCUGUUCUUCUGCACCUUGGCCGGUUCAAACUACCUGAACAGCUUGGUGGUGACCAUGGUUCACCUCAUCACCGGAAAGCACGGGCAGCCCAAAUGGUUGGACAACAACAUUAACGCCGGCAGGCUCGACUACUUCUACUUCGUUAUAGCAGCUUUGGGAAUCUUGAAUAUCAUCUACUAUCUAAUAUGCGCCAGAUAUUACCACUACAAGGGUAUUACAGAGGUUGAAGGCGACAAUGUCGAAGUUGUCGUCCAACCAAACUCUCCUAAAAAGAAACCACACAGAGAAUUAGAGAUAAGCUAGAUUUGUCUUAUUUAUGCUCCUUUCACGUAACCAGCCCAACUGGUUAUUGCCCUUAUUUUUUCCUUUUGUGUCUGUGUCUCUGUUUGUGUACGUGCAUUGGUAGUGAAGUCACUCUAUAAUCUCUCUCUUUCUCUC